AACCCGGAUUCACUUCAGCUUUGGGCACCGUCCCAAACGUGCACACUCUUUGGACCCGCUUUUAGAGAUGGUAGUACGACGUGGAAACCUAACCCCCCACACGCCGGUCGUGUCGUGGCUGUCCUCGCUGCGCUCCGCCACGUCACGGGUGCCGCUGCUGAGCGCGGGGGCGGACUACCUGUACGGCCUGGUUGACACGUCCACCGCCUACUACUGCUACACCAGUGGCAGCAACGAAUCAGGGGGCUGCAACAAAGAUGCGCGAGUGCCACUGCUACUGCUGUUCGAUAUACGACGUGUCGUGACCUGGCGUGUGACCGUGCGUAUCGUGUGACUGAGUGAUUUGGGUGUGGUUUUGGCGUGUCGGAAGAGGGGAACGUGCCCGAGGUUGGUUGGCCCGACACGGUGUGUUGCAUGGGAGGCCGGAGUACGGGUGAUCAGAGAGAGGAUAUAGGUCGCGUCUGAGAGCGGCUAGAGCCGUCUCUCAUUCCGAUCCUAGGCGAGAUAGUCUUUGACCGUUCAAUGUGAGGGACCCGUCCUAGUGGACGUUAAACUCUUUGGCAACAUGUAAGCCGGAGCGUCGCCUUGCGCCACCCUCUCGUUCGCUACGCAUGUGCUCCUGGCCACCUACGCCGUGGCCAACACGGCCAGUUGCAGAGGCCGACAUAACAGAUCUGCAAACAUCGGAAUGAGAGACGGGGUCAGUGUCCUAUCAUAGGGCGCGACAGACGUACUGGGAUUGAUAAUGCACCUGCAAAUCUGCAGGCGGACGGGGGACCGCAAGGGUGGGACCGCGGGCCCACCAGUGGGGCCCGCGCCUGUGGCCACGCGCGGCGCAACGACUGUUGGGCGUACUCGCGCGUAUUAGUCAUUGCAGCACAUUAAGUAGAUUACUAAUCAACUCUUGCAGAGUGCGGUAGUCGAAAGCGCGCGGGAGUCGCUGCAGAAACAAAGAUGCGUUGGGUCAGCUUCAGUGCUGGUAAGUUGACAAUUCUGUGUGCUUUUAGAAGAACUGACGGCAGUAAUGGUUCCGUUCCCCUCGGGCGGCACGGCGGCGGUGGUGGCUGUUAUAGUGCAUGUCAAGCACGAGCAAGAUUGCCUUUUCUGCACCCACAGGUUAUGAGGCGUGAAGUGGUGUCAGCUGUUCGGGUGUUGCCAGGGAGAGGUGUUUGUGGGAUGGGCCUGCGUUCGUGGUCAUUGGGAUGGGGUGUCAGAUGAGUGAGUUGCGUGUCUUCCAUUAAACGUGAGGU